AUGCUAGAACCCACAGACCACACAAGACCCCAGAGACCCCACACAGUCUACGCCGCCCUCCUGCUCAUCCAGCUCAAUUUCGCCAUCGGCGCGGUCGCAGCCGCCUUAGCGCUGCCCAAGACGGAACCGCUGACUUUCGCACUGAUCCGCGAAGUCUGCGCCGCAUGUCUACUGACGGCCUACGCUUUGAAACAAGGCGAGCCGGCCGCCCCACCCCGCGGCAGCCGCGCAUUGAUGGCGCGCCUCGGCGCCUGCGCGUGCGCGACGCAGGUGCUGGCGAUUGCGGACUCAAACUCUCAGCGGACCCGACGGCGUUCGCGCUCUGGCAGCCCGCGCGGCCCGUGGUCGUCGCCGGCGUGUCAAUACUGCUGCGCUGGGACCGGCCCGACGCGGGCCGCGUCGUUGGUGUGGUGCUGGCCGCUCUCGGAUGCUACACGGCGGCAAAACGCGCGGUGGCGCCCGGUCUCGCCAGCGCAUGGCUGCUUUGCGUUGGCGGCUGCGGCCGGCGCGUCCUACCAGCUCGUCUCGAAGCCGGCGACGCGGCGCCACGCCCCCGUCGCCGUCGCAGCGUGGGCCUACAGCUACGCGGCCGUGGGAACGGCGUUGUCCGCGGCCGCGCUGUGGGCCUGCGGCAUCUCGCUCUGUCCCGAGUGCUCGUCGUUCUACUCCGUGCCUCUGGAAGCGUGGCCCGCCCUCGCGUGGUGGAUCAUCUGCUCGACGUGCGUGAAUUACGCCCUCAUGAUGUGGUGCGUGAAGCGGAGUAGCCCGACGCUCGUCUCGGCGGCGUCGGCGCUCCAGCCGCCGCUUGCGGCCGUUUGCGCCUUGAUUGCCAUCGCACUCAGCGGCGGCGCCGCGGCGUGUGGCGCUGGAGAGGGUCGCUGCGUCGCCGCGCCGACGGUUCGCGACGGCGUCGCGGCGUGCCUGAUUGUGUGCGGCGUGCUGGCCGUCGCGCGGUCCGAGAAGAGCGCGGCGGCGACGGCGUCUCCUCCGGCGGAGUACGUCCGCGUGCCUGUGGAGGGUGUUGCGUGACGCGCCGCGGUGGCGUUCUUGUUGUGAGUAAUCGUGUGGACAUUUUGUAUGUUGUUCUUAGACUGUUCGGCGACAGCGUUUCGCGGGCUAAAUGAAAUAAUCGUCCGGCGGCAUCGUUCAUGACUCGCCGGUUUGGGGGAGGGGGAUGUUGUAGUACGGCGGUGGCGCCUCAGAAGCUGAGCCGCGUGCGCUUGAUGGGGCUGAGCGGCUCGUCGCCGUGGCGAAGCAGAGCUCCUUAGGGUCGGGCCGCGGCUUGACGUACUUCCGCGACGGCCGCAGCGUUUGCUGGCGCAUGCUGCUUGCGCGUCUCGAUAUUCGUCCCCAAUAUCCACUACGAGCGGAUGCGCGCCACCGAGCACGCGCCGCGCGGUCCGUUCCGUGUCCUCGAGCGUCGUCACGGCCUCGCGGAGAUCCUCGAGCGUGGCGUCGGUCGCAAGAAAGUGGUGCUCGUCGAGCCGGGGCACGUCGAGGAGCUUGGAAGAUUUCCGAACGGCCACCCGCUCGCGGGGAGCGCGCGAGCCGACGUGGACCUCGACGUGCUCGACGAUCUCUGAUUUUGAGACGGUGAUCGCGCCGGGCGACGUCCUCUACCUGCCGGCGAACUGGUGGCACCAGUUCGAGCAGCCGUUCGAGGACACGGGCGCCCUCAACUUCUGGACGCCUCCUAGGGACACCGAGGACCCGCGGCUCCAGCUCCGUCUCUUGUGGGACGGGCUCGAAAGGGAACUGGUGAACUUGUUCGGAAACCGCGCCGGAUUCAUGCACGAGCGCAUGGCGACGGGCGAGGUCGAGCAGGACGCGCGGGCCGGCAUAGGGACGAUGGACGCGCGGCAGGCGUGGGGCGCGCUCGUCGCGCACGCGACCAAGUGGAAGGAGUGGUCCGACGGCUCGGACGAACGCUACGAGGAGGCGCUCGUCGCCGUCUACCUCACGGCCGGGCGAGGGCUCAUCCCGCGCCGCGGCGACUGGCUGCCGGGGACGGCGUGGGACAUGUCGGACCUGGCGCCGCUCUCCGUGGCGGAGCGGUGCGAGCCCGCGCCGGAGGACGCGACGUUCACGCACGUUUGUGGGUAA